CUGUAGAAUUGAUCCAGUGGAGCGGCUUACAGUUGAAGAAUUUGUGCACCACCCAUUUCUUUCUGAACAUGCUCCAGAGAGGACCUUGAGUCGGACAUUAUCUGAAAUAAGAGAUGGCUUUCCAAUAAAUAAUAUCAGUCCAACAAGGCCUUCAAGCCAAAGUUCACAAGAAGAUUGUAUACCUUUUCCUUUGGAUGAUGAGUCAAGUGGACAGGAUGAGGGUCCAAUUCCUGACAGUAAGAGUCCGAUGAAAUCUUAUGGGUUUCCCACAGGUAAAAGAUUGGAUAAAACUUCAGGCCAGAGUCCAUCAAAACAUACCAGUCUGUUCUCCAGGUAUGUCUUGGGAAAUAAUCAUGCACCUAGUAGCCAACACCAUGGUCAUACUGAUAAAAUGACCAAGGAAAGCAAGAUUCAUGAAGUGCAAGGUCCAAAAGGUGUUUAUCCAGAAGAUCAGGAAUAUGUAUUUGUGUCUGGACCACACCCAGAGGGAUCAUCGUUUUCAACAAAUGCCUCUCAGCAGCUUAACUUACCGGCAAAAUAUGAUAAUUUGUCUGUUUCACCACCGAAGUUAACUUUCUUGAGUGCACCAAUGCCGAUAAAUGGUUUGCCGAUUAAUAGACAACAAUCUGCUGGGACUGGUAGCUUCGACAGCCACUAUUCUCCUGCAUCUGUCACUUCACAGGGAUCUGCAGAUAUAAGUGAUGCCAUGGAUCAGCCCCCAUCUGAUUAUCUGACGAGGAUUAGAUUGUUGGAGCAAUAUGCAUCAGCCAUAGCAGGGUUGGUCAGGGAUGAGAUAGAGAAACAGUUUCUCUCCGAAAGUGCCCCAUCUGUGAAUUAA